AUGCGAGGAUUCCGGGGUUUUCGAGGAUUUAGAAGUCCAAGGACAUAUAUUCAAUUGCAAGACGACAAUGGUUUCACCGAUGCACAGUUUCACAAUCCUGUUUACCCAAUUCCUUGGAAUUCUAUUAUUUUGGCCGUUGUAUUAUUCGUGCUAGGCUCUUUAGGAAUAAUUUUUGGUUCACUCAUUAUGACCGGAAUCAUAUCUAGUGAGGCUUGGCUCGAUAGAGGAAAACCUUUUAUCUUCCUUGGAUCUUUAUUAUUCAUACCCGGUUUUUAUCAUGUUCGGCUCGCUUAUUAUGCUUAUAAAGGUUACGAAGGAUACGAUUUCAAUCAAAUUCCUGACUGGUGA